CGAGUUUGAGCUCAAGCUGGGGCUGCGCCAGCGCGAUCGGCGCGCACUGCCGUACCGCAAUCCCCGCCCUCGAAGAGAAAGAGCCUCUGGGCAAUUGGGCGGCAGAGGGACCAGCGCAGGCAGCCGAGGAGGCCCCGAGCCGCGGAGCCGCCACCUGCUUCCGAGGGCAGGGCAGCCACCGGCCGGGGGGCGGAGAGCUUCAAGGACCCCCAUCUCGGAGGACUCCCACCUGGAGGUCUCCAACUUGGAGGGCUCCUGCUACGGCGUCAUGGAGGAGGCGGCCGGCCCGCCGCGCAGCAUCUGGGCGCAGUUGGACACGCUGCAGGCCCCCCGGCAGCGCACCGGCGAGCCGGGCAGGAAGAACGCGGGCGCCAGCGACGUGACGGUGCACACAGUGCGGUACGUCGUCGAGGCCAGCUGGGACGGCAUCAGCGGCACCGAGAAGACGACGGAGGCGAAGAUCUCGUCCGACCCGGAGGAAGAGGGCAUGGAGGAGUGCCUCUUGAGGCAGCAGCUCCUGCUGCAGGCGCACCCCAGCGCGCACACCGUGCUCCUCCGCGUGCUGCGGGUCGACGGCGAGCCUGGGCCCGGCGCAGCCCUCGUCGGGGAGCUGAGGCUGGACGCGGCGAACCUCGGUGCCGCGGGCUGGCAUGCGCUCGCGGGGGUCAGCGGCGGCAGCGACGGCAGAAUCAGGCUGUGCCUCGUCGCGCCGGUGACGGGCCCGGGCACGGACGAGGAGCACGCCGCGGCCACGAGGAUCCAGGCCAGGCUCCGCGGGAAGAAGGCGCGCAAGACGGUCAUGCUGAUGAAGGGUCUCGCGGACGACCUAGAGCAGACGCUUCGGACCUCGAGCAUCUGGGCGCAGCUGGACAAGCUGCAGGCCCCACGGCAGCGUACUAACGAGCCGGGCAGGUACGUCGUCGAGAUCAGCUGGGACGGCAUCAGCGGCACAGAGAGGACGACGGAGGCGAAGGUCUCAUUCGACCAGGAGGACGGGGGCAUGGAGGAGUGCCUCGUGAGGCAGCAGCUCCUGCUGCGGGCGCAUCCAAGCGCGCACACCGUGCUCCUCCGCGUGCUGCGGGUCGACGGCGAGCCUGGGCCGGGCGCAGCCCUCGUCGGGGAGUUGAGGCUGGACGCGGCGAACCUCGGUGCCGCGGACUGGCAUGCGCUCGCGGGGGGCAGCGGCGGCAGCGACGGCAGGAUCAGGCUGUGCCUCGUCGCGCCGCGGACGGGCCCGGGCACGGACGAGGAGCACGCCGCGGCCACGAGGAUCCAGGCCAGGCUCCGCGGGAAGCAGGCGCGCAAGACGGUCCUGCUCAUGAAGGGCAUCCCCGCGGACCCGGCGCAGGCGCCGCGGAGCUCCGCGCGCGCGCCGACGCGGGGCGCGGACGGCCACGACGAGCGGGCCGCGCCAGACCCGGCGCGGGCGCUCCGCGGCUCGGCAGCCCAGGCGCCCGCGCAGGAUCUGGACGAGGACGACACGCCCCAGGCCUCGACGCGCACGCCGGCGCAUGCUGCCUCAGACCCGGCGCGGGCGAGCAGGGGCUCGGCGCGGGCGCCGAGCGGCGCCGGCGUGCGCUUCGGGCCCGACUCGGGCGGCGAGGCGGCGGCCGGGGCCUCGACGCGCCCGCGGGCGGAGGCCGCUUCGGGCCCGGCACGGGCGGGCAGAAGUUCGGCGCGGCACACGCGGCUCGAGGGCGUGGACGAUGGGGAUGCAGGAAGCGAGGGAGAUCGGGGGUGGGCAGACCUCCUGCCCUGACACGUCGACUAAGGAAUUGGCCGGUUCGCGAGAGGGCGUCGCGGCCGUCAUUUUUGCGGGUCCAGGUCCGUCGGUUUCGGUCCCAGGCCGUUUUCACUGAGGGGAGGUCUACGAAAGGGAGGCUUGUCCACCGCCGAGGAGACACAACCACAGAAGCAGAAGUGUUCGGAGCCCCGCGCGGACCUCUCGGAUCGGCGCUGGGGCCCCCCUGCUGGCGCCUCGGGCGCCGCCCUCGGCGCGUCCCGCACGCCAGGGAGGGGGGGUCCAGCGCGGAUCCAAAAAAUCUGCGCGGACCUCCGAAAGUUCGUGUUUACGCCAUCUGCCAUCUGUUGCUCCUCUAAGAAGCCCGGGCGCAGACGAUCGGGAGUUGUUGGACGUCCAGCGUGCACGGCGUCGACGAUCAGGAGGAGGGGCUUCGGAGCUCGCUGCUGGCGGAGGGUCCGCGGGGUCGGGAGUCGCAGCAUCGAGUCGUCUGAUCCGAUCGCUGUGGCGGUCUCGCUCGCCCCCCCCAAAAAAUAUGCACACAGGCGCCCUCCAAUGGAUGAUAUUAUUGGGCCUCGGGAAAGGGUGGCGGCGAGUGCAUCACCACUGGGAGCCAGCGAUGUUAUACGCCGCCGCCCUCCCUGAAGGUACGCACAAAAUUCGUCCAAGGGUGUUUGUACAUAUAUUGCCGUGGCGUGCCUCGUCCCUCAUCGCCCCCCUCCCCAGACAUCCGGAGCCGUGGCUGUCUUGGCAUGGGCCCUCGGAGUGCUCGACCUCGUCCCAGGCACCGUCUCUGACUGUCCCGGGGCCUGGCGCGGAGGCCCAGUGACUCAGGGGCGGCCUGACCGCCCCCUGGCAAACCAUCCCUUUCCGUGACUUCCCCUUCAGCUCGCCCCAAGACGCAAGUAUCAUGGCGCC